GAUUUUAAUUGACAUCCUGAUUUUAACCGGAAACUUCUGAGCCACGAGCGACGUUAGCUAAUAAAAUGAUUAUUUCAGAACUAACCUGCUUUAGUAAGUAGGUAGGAGCACCUCUAUAUUUUUUUACCUGUGGCUUUUUGGCUGCCAUUUGCUGUGUUCUGUCAGUCAUUCUUGAUGUUAUUGAAUAAAGAUUGAGUUUUAUUUAUUUUAUGCCACAAACAAUUACUUUACUUACUAAUAAAUUAUAGACGUGAAUGUUAUGUGAAUACUUUUUUCUUUUCAAAUUAUAGAUAAAUAUGAGCCGGUUAUUCAACAAGCUAACGUGUGAGAUUUGAUUUUCAUAAUCUUGGUUUAUCAACAUUUGCUACCUAUUCCGUUUUGGAUAAGAAUGUGAUGAAGCAGAGGGACCAAACUUACUUGUGCACAUUUCAUAGCAAUAAAAUUGUUUAUAUCAUUAAGUUGUAAAAUGAACCCACUAUGUCUUAUUUGAGUGCAUCAGAAAAUGUGGGCUUCAGUGGUAUUCCACAGAAUAUAUCAGAGGCGAGUUGUGCCACACAGUAUAAAAUGGCAGUUGAGGGAGUGUCGUCCGGGAGCUGUGGUGAAGUAAACAUGUUCCUACAUGACAACUCAGGGGAUGAGCAGGCGUAUAUACAUCUAAACGAUAAUUUCUACUCCAAGUUUAAAAUUGAUCCCAACGAAUUAUACACAUUUCAUGACUCAGAUGUCAUCGCAGGGGAAAUUACUGUUAGUCACACUGAAGAUAAUUUUAUGUUUUCUGAUAAUGUUGAUAUUAAGGGUAAGCUAUUAGAGAGUCCAAGUAAAGAGCUUGAUCUCAUAAGCGCCUUCACUAAUGGCGACGUUAAAGAGGAAAUUAAAAAGGAAGUGGUCUCUAAUGGCCAUUACCCACCUGCUGCAAAGCAGAAUGCAAACUAUAAAGACAGUAAGACUACUCAUACCAAAGUUUUGAAAGUCAAAAGUCAAACUCAGGUUAAAGAGCCUGCAAGAUCGGAAUCGUUUAGUGAAGCUCGAAGAUUAAGUGUUCAUAGCCCUAAGGCCCAAAGCACUGCCACUGCCCCCUCCCUGAGUGCGAAAACCAGUAUUAAUAGUGUUACAAACAAUGCUAAGGCUGCAUCGAAACAAGCAGGUGUGGAGACAUUUUUAGAUGUAUUUAAGAGAGAACAAGGCCUGGUCGAGAACUCGACUGCUCACGCCCCAUCUGAGACUCCUGCACCGCCGACUAAAGUUCCAGUGACACCCCCCAAGAAAGCGUCAACGGGUAAGUCUGGUAAAACUCCAUCGCAAGCGAAGUGUCGGCGCGGCCGUGGGCCUGCCGUGCACGAGGCGUUACAACGGAUACCGGCGUCGAGGCGAGCCAUACCGCUGUCCAACGACGCGUGGCAUGCGCCGGGCGACACGCUGUUCCAGUGCGGGCCUCUAGGCGACAGGCCGCUCGCAUUCCGUCAGAUCGAGAGCAGCAGCAGUGAUGAUGAUAAUAUGCCUGAUUUUGCAGAAGCUGGUUGCGGCGCAGCCUGCGUUGAGGAAAGUGCAGCGGAGUCCCGCGGCGCCCGACUCGCGCUACGCCGCGCGGCGCUACGCCGGCACGUAGCACGAGCGCACCACUCGCUCGCGCUCGCCUCCCACCACCGCGACCAUCGCGCGCUCGCUACGCUACUCAAGAAACAACUGAACGCACCGGGCUCCUCGGGUCGUCUUCCAACGCAGACGGUUAAUCAUUUGCUUGCUUUACGCGGCAUGCCCGCCGUGCUGACGUCACAAGAACGCAGAAAACUCAGGGAAACCGGCUGGUCGGGUGGUGAGAGCAUAAGCCUCCCCAUCCCCACCCCCAGCAGCAACUCCAGCCUCCCCGGGUCGGGCACCCUCUGCAGUACGGAGCGUUGCGGGCGCUGCGCGUUGCCGUGCUCCCGCUACUGCCUGGCGCACGUGACCCGCGCGCCCGACCAGCGCCUGUACGCGGCCUGCGCAGCCGUGUUCGCGGGCGGGGCCAGGUGCAACCAGCCGCUACUGCCGCUCACUGAUCAUACGCCUUUAUGUGCGGAACAUGCGUGGAAGAGGGACAACUACGACAAGUUGUCCCGCGACUGCCGGCCGAAGAAGGCGGCCUGCCGCAAGCGCGCGUGCCCCGCGGCCCCGCGCGCCCCGCGCCGCGCCAAGCGCCGCCGCCGCCCGCCCGCCCGCCUGCGCCCGCUCACUGACGCGCAUGGACACGAACAGGCACUGUCGGAGCUAAACGUGGGAUCGAACUCUUCAACGUAUGACAGUUCGGAAGACGCAGGAAUGGGUGCGCUAAGCGAGAGCGAAUACGUCACGGUUGCAAGUGAUUCACACGAUUUGGAAGUAGAAGUUGGUCAAGUUCCACCUGACGACAUAUUGGAUCCUGCAGUGCUCAGUCAAAUACCUGAUGAAGCAUUCACGGAGUUUUUCAAUCAAGCGGAAGGCGGCGCAUCGUUUGCUGAGAGUUCAGAACUAGCAGCAGCGUUGGAAGCGGUGUUAGACGAGCGCGUGUUGGACGAGCGCGGGCUUGACGAGCGCGGGUUAGACGAGCGCGGGUUGGACGAGCGCGUGUUGGACGAGCGCGCACUCGACUCUAUCGCCGACUGUGUGUUCACACACUCGCCGCAUACGCAUUUUGCUAAGAACAAGAUGCAAGUGUCCACUUCGAUGCCGAUGGAGAUGUCGUCGCGCGUGCCCUCAUAACACAGUAACUUUAUACUUAUUUUAAGCUAUAAUAAACUCUAUGUACUAUAAAACUUAGGAACAAAUUCGAUAUUCAUAGUCUCAAGAGAGGUGGAAAUAUUUUUCUUCAUGCUUUAAUUUUUGUAUGUGUGCAUGUUUAGAGACGUGUAUGUGCAUGUAAGAUGUUUGUGUGAGUUUUUGAUUCGGAUCGAUGUUUUGAGUGCUAUGAUUGGUUUAUUUAAAAUUAAUUUUAUAGCCAAUGGUGGCUUAGGAACUUAUUUAUCGAACUUUGACAUUUUCUUUCACCCGAUUGGCCAGUCGUUAGCUAUGAUAUUAAUUUUAAUGUUUAUUAUGUACGAAACAGUUUUGUGUUCAAACAAAUGAAUAGUUAUGGAUAUAAUGAUGGCGUAACAAUGCUUAGAGGUCAUAUUUGGAUUUUGAAAGCUCACAAAGUUUGAAAUACCCCAUAAAUUGAGAGCGCUUAAAUAAAUUUUCGUAGUUUUACAAAUUGACUUGGUUACGGUUAUCUUGAGGCUUCCUUUUAGCCACAUCAGAUUCAGCUAAAAACCUGCACCCGUGGAUAAACGCCUUACCUGAACUCCACAACCCGAAAAAAGAAAUUUUAUAAAAAGAAACGGCCAAAACUCUUAAGUAUCUAAAUUCCAAAAGACCUCUAAGUAUUAUCACAUCGUAGUAACAACAAUUAUUUCCCUUAAUGAAAACCUUCCAAAUUGAUAUUUUUACAGACGUUUAUCAAUCACAUGAGUAAUACUCGAUUUAGUUUUAUUCAAAGUUUCAUGACGAAGCAAGCUGGCUGAAUAGAUUUAUUUUUAUAUAACCGUUUAUUGAAUUUAAGAGUAAAUUCAUCCUCCAUUUUUAAAUAAUAGGGAAACAUGUAACUUUAUAUCCGAAGUCCUAUUAAUUGGGGGAAAUAUCAAUGUUCUUUUGUAUUUAAACACUUUUUACUACUUACAGUAUUUUGUGAGAACUAAAUUACAAAUUUCACUUAUUUCUUUCACUAUACAAGGUUAUUAAAGAGUGUUGCUGUUGUGUGAGCAAGAUGGCGCAUAACCUUUAGAGGCGUCUUGCUCACACCACGACCACAAAACUCUGGGCAAACACUAACCCCCUUGUCAUAAUAAAAUCAAGACAUCAAGGUUAUUUUCUAACUUUACGAUUGCUCUGAAGUGGGCUGUAUGCGUUGUAUCCCACCUUUAAUUACUGCGUGACUGGUCUCAAGUCCAGAGCGAUCUUAAAGUUUAGAACAUACUGUAUAAAGUAGUACAAACUUAUGUUUACCGGUGACAGUGGCGCUAGUGGCGCAGUUACUUCAAAAACAGUCUAAUAGCUUGAUAAAAUUUUAGUUCCGAUUUCUGCCACCGGUAAAUAUAAAUUUGUUUUACUUUCAUGAUUAGGGGGCAAGGUCAUAAUUCUACUGUAACGGAAUUUAGUAACAAUUAAUAUUGUGUUAUCACUACAUUUGUUUGAAACAAAAUCUCGUGGUAUCGCCACGUUUGCUGGCAAUAAUAAGCCUUCCUUAGUAGUUGUCCUAGACUAGUUUAGGUGAAUUGUUAUGACGUAGAGAUGUAUGCAAGGAUUUAGAAUGACUUCCGUACGGUGGAUCAUACAACAGUGGUAAUUACGCUAAUUACACAAAAAACAAUCUUACUAGUUUCGAAAUAAAGACACUUUUCCUGUGUAACCAGUGAUGUAAGGUCCAUCGCACGUGAGAACUUGUUUUAUGAUUCGGUAACUUAAGGCUCGUUUACAUUAUACUCGAAUAAGUAACUGAAAUUUAUCGUUUGAGGGCUAAUUUAUAUUCUUACGAGUGUCUGACUAGAGAGUAUGUGAUAUGAAAGUUAUGCAAUCACAUUUUAUAUAGAUGUGUUAUUUCGUCGUGCAUAAAAAAAUAUAAAUUAUACUAUACGUAUUAUCUGUCGUAAACGUCUAUUUACUCGGUAGUUGGUAUCGUAAAUAACUAUAUAUAACUUCAGGGCAAUUACGUUUGCAAUAUCAAAAUUUAGCAAUCAUAAGGAGGUCGCUAGACGAUUUUAAGCAUUUACAAUUAGUAUAUUAUAAAAGCCGCCUUUAUCUGCGCUUAGUACAAAUUUAAUUACUAGUGAUCGUUUAGACAAUGGUUAAGCGUGCCUGUGUGUCACGGCCCCAGUGUAUAAUGUAAACUGAGCAACCGUAGUGAAGUUAGGUGGUCGUUAAACGGAGUGAAGUUAGCUAAAUGGUUAGGUGUUGUAACUUACGUGUGUGCGAACGUCAGAGGGUUUACCACUAACUUUCAAAGUAGUCCCAAUUCUGUUUGUGGAAGCGAGACAACAUACUACAUUGUUUAGUGUUUUCUCUCUUCUAUAAUUACUUUAAGUGGUGGUUGCCCCCCAUGUACCCUACGUGUCGCUAAAGUAAACGUACGUGAUACAUAACAAACGAAAUCGAUGUCAUAUAUUAAAAAAAAUAGUCAUAACGCUAGUUAACAUAUAUCUGCGAUAUACCGACAAGUGCCCACAAUUCAAUUAAUCAAUGUCUGCUAUAAUACUAAUUAAUAUAAUAAUAACUGAUAGAGCCUAACGCCUGCUCUUGAAGUUAUAUUAUGGCUGUUGCAGGAGUGGGACAGCGUACUACUCUGUAGAGCGCUGUCUCUUUCCUACAAUUGCAUAGUAUAACUUCAAGAGACGGCAAUAGAUCCACAGUUCAUAAAGUGCCGAUCAGUGUUGUCUAUACCGCAUGUCCUAAAAGCCUUGUUAUAAAAUAGUGUAUAUAAAAAAAGCAAUAAACUUAGAUUGGAACUAUUACACGGUCGAUGGAAUGCUAGAUGUAACACAGAGAGGGUAUCACACUAUUCUGGUUUAGAGGGGUUAAUAAGAAAAGUGACGUAAGAGUAAGUAAGGGCCCCUAAUUAGGGCGUUAGAGGCGAUAUUGUAUACUCUGUGAUGACAGAGUUAGGGUUUACCAUCGGUGUAGUAAUGGGCGUCUCUAAUUAGGGGCCACACCCACCCGUCUUUCAGGGCUCUGAUCCAGUGCAGUGUAGCACCCCUUUAGCAAUCGCUACGCCGUCAUAUCAUAUUAGGACAUUAAAAAAAUGUGUUGUACCGUCAAAAGUAAUAAUAGCGCUAGAAACAGAACCAAAUAAAGUAAUAUUUUUGUAAAGUUAUGUUCCUAUAUAAAAUCUUAUGUGAUUGUAUAUGGCUGAGAAGCGAUUGAGUUAAAAAUUAUUUGCUAGUAACGGAAUCAAUUGGAGUUAAAUAAGUUUUAAUUUCUAUUUAUCUCGAUGUUUGAGAUGUGCGUUUAUUUAAAACUAUUUUUUUGUCAGUUCCAAAUAUCAUUUCAGCUUCUUUAAGUGUUUAAAAAUAAUAAUGUAACGAUAUAAGCCAGAUUAUUAUUCCAAUCGAUAAAUAGACAGUGCCCGUAAGAUGUAUAUUUUUUAAUAUGUAGAUCCAAAAUAAAUUUACCUUUCGCUAGUUUAGUUAUGCGAGAGCCGCGGCCGGCCAUCCAUGCACAUUGGUAUUGUAGAAUUGUUAACGGGAAAAGAUUUUCUACAUAUGAGGGUACAAACGAAAAUAAAUUUUGUUAAUACCCAUCGAAGUUUAACUUGGUCAUGAGUGUACUGCGAUUUUUAUAAGGCAUUUAGCACGCUUGCAUAAUUUACUAAUGAUUCUGAAUGUUAGAAGCCUAUGGUUUUUUUUUAUUUUUGAGCUCUAACUAUAGUUCGAUGAAUUUUGAUUUUUGAGCAGUCAAAAUUACCACGCAGGUCUUCCACCGUUAUCCAUAAUUUACAUAACGCAGUGCAUUUCUGUCUCAAUGAUAUUUAAAGACAAUAAACUUGGACUGUGUGACGAGGUGCGCCGGCGCAGGUGACGCAUGUAUAAGUAGUAUAAUGUAUCGGAUACGCUUAUCUCUCCAUAUGCAGUACCUGCACUUUCGUUUUAUAACAAUUUACAAAUUACAAUAGAUUUAGGAACUUGUACUAAAUGUAUCUAUGUAUUUUUACGUGCUAGUUUUAUUUAUUGUUUGUACUUUUUGUAGAUCAAUUCGAAUUGACUGCUCUUAGGGAGAUUAACGUAAUGUAAGUAAAUAUUUUGCACCUUUAGUUUAAGGGUUAUAAUGUAGAUACGGAACAUAAUGUCGAAGUUCUUAGCGAAGCAUAAACACAUGGCAAUCGCCUACCAUGUGAUAUGUAAGUAGGUUUUAUUAGUAUCGUUUAUAAGUUUAACAUCGUCAGUUCGUCAUUGGCAGUUCACAUUGGAAUCUGGUAUGUAACGAAUAGUUGGCGUCGCGUUCGUACGUCGUUUGUGUAAGUCGGUGUUGUUUGCUUCGAGUGCAUCGAUAAGAUUUGGAUUCCUUGGAUUUGUGAACGGGCAGACAUCGAACCGUGAUCUUGAACCAGUUCAAUAAUGUAAUUCCCUUGAUUAAAGAAAAAUCUUUAUAAUAUUGCUGCAGUAUACGAUUCUAGUUAGAAUGUUAGAAAAAGAGGUUUGAGAUCACGGUCGAGAUGACAGCCCGAGAGAUGUUGCGACUAAGAGUGAUUGUAUUGAUAUUUGAAAUGGUUCUGACUGUUAGAGUGUAGAGAUGGCUAAAAAUUAUUAGUAUCGGUGUUUAGCAGUUCGCGAAAUGUGGUUAAUAGUAGUGUUCGUCACAGCAAAGGUAGAUUCGGGCAUUUGAAGUAAUAACAAGUUGUAGGGACCCUCUCUACUUAGCAUUUAUUAAUAAUAAUGUGAGGUGUUAGAUCUGUUGAGGAUUAUAGUACCUAUUUUAAAUGUCCGAGGGUGUCUUUUUGCCUGUAACGUAACAAUUAAGUUAGAUAAACGCUACCUCUUUGAAUGCCUGAAAUUGUUCACAGUUUAUUGUCCAAUGUGUGUAACAUGAUGAUGUUUAAAAAAAUGAAAUAAACAUGAAGAAAUUUUGACUCUUAA